ACACAAUAGCUAAAACUGCAAAAGCAUAAUAAAAUCGCGUUCCGUUCCCUUCCUCACUGCGAUUGUUCCAGAAACUCCAAGAAGAAGAAGAGCAGCAAUGGCGUCUUCGUUCAUUCAAUCCUUCAUUGAUCCAAAGAAGAAUUGGUUCGCCGCUCAGCACAUGAAAGCCAUCUCCAAGCGCCUCCGCAGAUUCGGUCUGCGAUACGACGAUCUGUACGAUCCGUAUUACGAUCUGGAUGUGAAGGAGGCACUGAAUCGGCUUCCGAAGGAGGUAGUCGACGCGCGCCACCAGCGCCUUAAGCGCGCUAUGGACCUUUCCAUGAAGCACGAGUACCUCCCUGAAGAUCUUCAGGCAAUGCAAACACCAUUCAGGGGAUACCUUCAGGAGAUGCUUGCCCUUGUGAAGAGGGAGAAAGCGGAGCGUGAAUCCUUGGGAGGCUUGCCCCUAUAUCAACGCACCAUUCCUUAAAUGCAUAAAUGUUGUUGCAUGAAGCUAUUCUCAAUGCCGCGGUACCUUGGUUGAAGUUGUAUUUGUUGUUUUGGUAGAAUAUUUAAUGCACAUCUUCGCAUAGCGCUAUAUGAACCUAAUUUUUGAAUUGGUAUAUGUAUGCCUCAACCAUUUUCUAAUAAUAGGCAACGACAAACCGGUUUGCCUUGAAAA